UGGGGGCCUCUGCCCAGCCCCCGCGGCGAGCCCCCAGAAGGCGUCCUUCCCAGCGCGGCGGCAGCAUGUCUGUAGUCGGCAUCGACCUCGGUUUCCUCAACUGCUACAUCGCCGUGGCCCGGAGCGGCGGCAUCGAGACCAUCGCCAACGAGUACAGCGACCGGUGCACCCCGGCAUGCAUAUCUUUAGGAUCCAAAACUCGGACCAUUGGGAAUGCAGCCAAAAGCCAGAUUGUUACAAAUGUAAGAAAUACAUUGCAUGGCUUCAAAAAACUUCAUGGACGAUCUUUUGAUGAUCCCAUUGUGCAGACUGAAAGGAUCAAGCUUCCCUAUGAGCUUCAGAAAAUGCCAAAUGGAAGUACAGGAGUUAAGGUACGGUAUCUAGAAGAAGAUAGGCCUUUUGCAAUUGAACAGGUAACAGGAAUGCUAUUGGCUAAGCUGAAGGAGACUUCAGAAAAUGCUUUGAAGAAGCCUGUGGCAGACUGUGUGAUUUCAAUUCCUAGUUUCUUCACCGAUGCAGAGAGAAGGUCUGUGAUGGCAGCUGCCCAAGUCGCUGGCUUAAAUUGUUUAAGACUGAUGAAUGAAACCACUGCAGUUGCCCUCGCCUAUGGCAUUUAUAAGCAAGAUCUUCCACCUUUAGAGGAGAAACCAAGAAAUGUAGUAUUUAUUGAUAUGGGGCAUUCUGCUUACCAAGUCUCAAUCUGUGCUUUUAACAAGGGAAAACUCAAGGUCUUGGCUACUACCUUUGAUCCAUAUCUGGGUGGCAGGAACUUUGAUGAUGCUUUAGUCGACUACUUCUGUGACGAGUUCAAGGCAAAGUAUAAACUGAAUGUGAAAGAGAAUUCUCGAGCCCUGUUACGCUUAUACCAGGAAUGUGAAAAACUCAAGAAAUUGAUGAGUGCGAAUGCAUCUGAUCUUCCACUGAACAUUGAGUGUUUCAUGAAUGACCUUGAUGUUUCUAGUAAAAUGAACAGAGGCCAGUUUGAGCAGCUUAGUGUUUCUCUCUUGGCCAGAGUGGAACCCCCUUUAAAAGCUGUAAUGGAACAAGCAAACUUGAAUCGUGAUGACAUAAAUAGUAUAGAAAUCGUGGGGGGUGCGACCCGAAUCCCGGCAGUGAAGGAGCAGAUCUCCAAGUUCUUUCUUAAAGACAUAAGCACCACCUUAAAUGCUGAUGAAGCUGUUGCAAGAGGAUGUGCGUUGCAGUGUGCAAUUCUUUCACCAGCCUUCAAAGUUCGUGAAUUUUCCAUCACAGAUGUUGUUCCCUAUUCGAUAACAUUAAGAUGGAAGUCAAAUAUUGAGGAUGGAACCGGGGAAUGUGAAGUGUUCUCUAAGAACCAUCCUGCUCCGUUCUCCAAAGUCAUUACUUUCCACAAGAAGGAGACGUUUGAAUUGGAAGCGUACUACACCCACCCGCAUGAAGUGCCUUAUCCGGAUCCCCGAAUUGGGAACUUCACUAUUCAGAAUGUUUUUCCCCAGUCUGAUGGUGACAGUUCCAAAGUGAAGGUUAAAGUACGUGUUAAUAUCCAUGGUAUCUUCAGUGUGGCUAGUGCAUCGGUAAUUGAGAAGCAGAAUUUGGAAGGGGAUCACAGUGAUAUUCCUAUGGAAACAGAGUCAUCAUUUAAGAAUGAAGGCAAAGAUGAGAUGGAUAAAAUGCAGGUUGACCAAGAAGAAGGCCAUCAGAAAUGCCACGCAGAGCACACUCCUGAAGAAGAAAUUGACCAUACUGGUGCCAAGACCAAGCCAGCACCUGCAGAUAAGCCAGAGCGAGCAAACCAGAACAUUAAAAAAGGAAAAGUCAAGAGUAUUGAUUUGCCCAUCCAGAGUAGCCUGCAUAGACAGCUGGGCCAGGAUAUUAUCAAUAGUUACAUAGAAAAUGAGGGAAAGAUGAUCAUGCAGGACAAGCUAGAGAAAGAAAGAAACGAUGCCAAAAAUGCAGUUGAAGAGUACGUGUAUGAUUUCAGAGACAAGCUGUGCAAUGUCUAUGAGAAAUUUGUCACUGUGGAAGAUUCAAGUAAACUGUCUUCAAUGUUGGAAGAUACUGAAAAUUGGCUUUAUGAAGAUGGAGAAGACCAACCAAAACAAAUUUAUGUGGAUAAACUCCAGGAAUUGAAGAAAUUUGGGCAGCCUAUCCAAAUUCGGUACAUAGAACAUGAAGAGAGACCAAAAGCAUUAAACGACUUGGGAAAGAAGAUCCAACUACUUAUGAAAGUGGUAGAAGCAUUUAAAAACAAGGAUGAAAAGUACGAGCACUUAGAUGCUGCUGAUAUGGAAAAGGUGGAAAAAUUUAUCAAUGAAGCCAUGAAUUGGUUGAACAGUAAGAUGAAUGCACAGAACAAAUUAAGCCUCACUCAAGACCCUAUGGUGAAAGUAGCAGAAAUAGUCUCCAAGUCCAAGGAGCUGGAUACUUUUUGUAAUCCCAUCAUUUACAAGGCCAAGCCCAAAGUGGAAGCGUCUGAAGAGCAGGCGAAAGCGAAUGGUGAGCACAAUGGACCAAUGAAUGGACAGAGCGCGACUGAAAGUAAGCCUGAAGCCCCCAAGGAAGGCUCCCCGCACACUAAACCUCCUGGCGAGAUGGAAGUGGACUAAGGUGCCACGGGGGUCUCCGUCGCGUAUUCUGACAGUGCAAGUAACCGCAGGGCCCACAUUCUUCUUUGCAUCUGGGACACCCAACAGAUGUUCCGUUGUUCUUAGCCAUUUUGUCAUUUGUUCUUUGCAGUAGUUUUGAAAAGUGUUUUAUAUUGAGUGCACCUCUGAUGUUCAUUUCCAAUGAUUAAUGCUGCUUAGGUGAAGCUUUAGCUGAAUAGAUUGUAUACGUCAGUUUAAGCUUUCCCGCUGUAUCUUAUAUCAGACAUGCAGAAUCGAUAGAAAGAUGGCAACAAUCUACCUUAUUUAAAGCUUCUCUUGUGGAUAAACCUCAGCUCCUUUAUUCAGGAAAGGACACUGUAUUGCACUACUGAUGCGGAAGUGUAGAUUUAAUUGCAUCAUUAUUUUGGGGGGGAAAUUGGAAUUGAAGUGGUUUAAAGCCAUUGAAGCACUGACCUUUUUCUAGUUAUUGUAUUGUUAUAAUUUAAAUAUUAAAACAAAUAAGAGGUUAGCUCACAAACUAGUCCAUCUCAUUGAUGUACGGUGAGAAAUCAAGGUUUUCUUGUCAUUGUCACACAAAUGAACAAAAACACGCGCAUUUCAAAAGGAAAACACAAUUUUGCAUUGUGGUGACACCAGCAAUAUAUUUCCUUCACCAAAAACACGGCUUGGAUAUUUACUUGCUCCCCGCUUCACAUUUAUUUUGCUAGCGAUGAUCGUCUGCUUUGGCUGAAGAGCAAGCUGCCUCCUCCUGCCGUGGCUAAGAUAGCUGAAUGACUUCAAGAACAAUCACAUUGCUAGCUUGGUUCAGCCUUGCUUCCCUGAUCUUGCGAUUUGGUUUAGUUUUACCUGGUACUCUGAUUGGGAGCCAUCUCCCCUGGCUUCUGAACAAACACCAGACUUGAACGGAGAGCACAGGAGAGCGCCUCUGCCUCGGGCUUUGAGAAUCCCACGGACACCUGGUGUGGCAAAAUUCAGCUUGUGUUGUGAUUUCCGCAGUUACGUAAUCCACUCACAGCGGGGCCCUCAGGUGUGAUGCUUCUCUUGAAAUUUGUUGUCAGUGGGGCUCUUAACCCUCUGACUCAGCCCCCAUGGCCCAGUUCUGCCCCCACACUGAAGCCUCCAAAUGCAGUGUGGACGCACCACUGAAAGGAUUUCCGUGCUGUUGGAAAAGCUCUCUUUGGUAACGAGGUAGAACUUUGGGCCGAUGGGCCCAGGUUUAAGCUUUGAUCUUUGUUCUUCUGCACCUACCUAUGCAAAUCCAAAGUGGCGAGCACAGGCUCUCGAUCCUCAGUGUUUCUAGGAGGGGGUGUUUGAUUGCAGGCUGGGCUAGAAGCAGCAGGUGCGUCCGUGGCAUUUUAUUUGCAUGUUAAGAAGUCCACAGGCAUGUUGACAUCCCCAGGUGCCGGCAGCUCCCAAUGCCUUCCAUCCUGCACACGCUUGUAACCCGCUUGGUGUAUUGAAGUGUAGUCCCUACAGAACUCUUCUGGAAGCAGGUACAAGCACUUAUCCUGACCACGGGUUUGUUUAGGGUUGUGGAAGGUGGUGCUGACCACUGCUGACCACUGAGGCCUGCAGAACUGAGUCUUCAACAGCGACCUGGGGCUAGACGGGAGCUUUGGGGGCUUUCCAGUGUGUUGUAUGUGUGUCCUCAUAUGUACGUGAAGGGCACACACACACCUAUCCCAUAUGGACCCUUACGUAACAUCUAGCCUGUAACCUCGAAACCAGUCAUUCUGUAUCUCUGAAUAGAGAAAGAGGCCUCUCCAAGUAAGUUAGACAGCACGUCAUUUCUCCCCACUUUCUGGAUGAAGAUGGAGCACUGGCCCACCAGGCACUAGGACUUCCUGUUUUUCUCCAAAGGUAUAUCAUAUGGGCCCUUACAGACUCUAGGAAGAUGUUCUUGGAUUCCUUUCUUAUUACAUUAUCCACAAUAUAGAUAUUUGUAACUCAGUAAAAUCAGCCCAUAUGUAGUAUAAGACGACCAAUCAUCCAGUGGACUUUUUAACUUCUGUACUGUGCUAGAGAAUCCCAUCGAAAUAAAGAUGAAGCUAGCAUUUAAAAGAUAGAAAUUGUUUAGUCAAAAAAAAAAGUUGCAUUGCAUGGCAAAAUCGUCAAAUUAAAACUUGAAAAGUAGUCUAGGAAAAUUUUAAACUGUAGAAUUAAUGAGAAAUUUUAAUAUCUGGGGUACUUUGGCUUUAAAAAAACAAAGCAAGACAAAAUGCCACUGAUAGCUCCCUAGGGAGUUGGUGGGGUGGAAGGGUCUGGAACCAAAAUGGGGCAGGAAAAGGUAAGAGAACAAAUGACUAAACGUCUACGAUUAUAUCUAUCAAAUCAUAAUCUCUGGUAUAGAUUAUGAAACAGGCUGCAUUUUGAGAACACAGCCAAAAUAAGUGACCUGAAGAACUAUGCCGUCUGAGCAACAGACGGCCAGUUCUUAAAAGCUAGGGAUAAAACUUUUCUAUAAGAAUGAAGAGAGGAUAGUGAUUUUUCUUUGGUUUGUUUAAAGGAAAACUAUAGGGGCAAAGGAGCACAUUUUGUUUUUUUUCUCCACAAAACCGUGUUCUCUAUUAAAAUUCUUAAUCUGUAUAGCCUUUGAGAUGACCCCAAGAAGCUUUGUUAAUUUUCCAUAAAGGAAUGCAGAUGUGUGAGGCCCUCCAUAGGUUAAUUCAUAUAAUGAUUAAGAGAACGCACUCUGGGGAAGCCGCUAUUUCAUUUAUGAGGGAUCAAAACUACUCCAGGGGAGGAAAAUGUUCUUUAUUCGAAAACCCUAGGGACCCAGUUUAUCAGUACUAUAAAACUAAGCAUUAAGAAUGCACUCAAAGUAGCCUAUUUAAAGACAAGUAAGGUAUUGUAUAAAGUUGUGCUGUUUCUGUUUAGCUCUUUGUGCAUGGCCAUCCUGUUUUUAUGGAUGCUUUCCCCAAACAGUUGGAAUUUUUUGGAAGGCCUAGAUCCUAUUAUCCAAUUAGAAUUUUGUUCUGAGUUUAUUUUGUAGUUAGUGUUGGCAGUCUUUAAAUAUCUGUACAGCUUUUCUGAUGAACUUAACGUGUUUAUGCCUUUCCUUGCAUGUUAAGGAGUAAAUCCUUCCAUAAAACCCAUUAACAUUUCAUAAAGGAGAACCAAAUCAUAUUAAUUGAUAGUAAACAAAAAUGAGUUUGUUUUACUUCCCUUUCCACAUCUGUCUGGAAUUCCUCUACCUUUGGCUUUGCUUGUUUUUGUUACUGUUUUGUUGUUGGUUUUGUAUAUUUGAAAUUAUUUAUGUCCAACACAGAUGAUAUUCACGUAGUUAGAGUCAAAGUUCUUUUCAGCUCUGAUUUUGGUCAGUCUACAAGUAUUCCGACCAUUAUGUUAUAGUGUGACAGAAAAGGUUUUGUAGAUUUCAUGAAAUUGAUUGGAAGAGAAGAGCAUCUCAUAUUUUUGGCAGAAACAAUAUAUAGUUAUAGUUUGCAUCCAAAGUUAUUUGAUAGUGUUUACAAAUUCUUUGUUGUUGAAAUUUGGUUCUGUGACAUUUAACUAGCUAGAUGCGUAGUAGGUGUUAAAGGUCUUUUAAAGCCCUUAACCUUUUUAAUCAGUGGACUUUACAGAAUGUUUGUGUUUUAGCUUUGGCGAGUUAAUGCUGUUUAUCAGUGACCCCUCUUUAAAGUGAUCUUUAGAAGAAUUUCAGUUCUAAUGCAUUUCGCCUUCUCAGAUAACAGUUUGUCAUAACUAUAACUUAGGAAAUUGCUUAUUAAACAAACAGUAAAUUUCAGGAGUUAAAUUCUUUUCUGGCCAACAAUUGAGUUGCUGAUUCAUUCUGCAACUACUAUAGUUUUAUCUAGUCUAAUCUACAAAGUAAUAACUAGAAUGAAACUAAAUCUCCAAGAAAACUUUUCCACAAAAAUAAAUAGCUCAAUAAAAGAAAGCAACAAGUCCAGAAGAGCUACCAUAGCUAUUUCACUACAGAUUUUCAUUUAAAGUCACUUUAGAUAUUGUUUGUUUGGAAGAGGAAUCAAUUUCCCUCCCCUCAAAGCACUGGUUUUAUAAUUAAUAACCCAAAUGACUCAGUGCUGGCUUUGGUGGUAGUUUUUCUUCAAAUUGUGGGCACAUCUGAAGAUAUAAUUACUUUUGGAAAAGCUUGCCAACAGGCCUAGCAUUUUAUGAGGUGUGGCUAGUAGGAAAGAAUGUUUUACCAUAAGUUUGUGGGUCAAAAAUGGCAAUAUUUUAGAUAUUCUUCAAGUUUAAAUAUAAAUGGAAUUUCCAGUUGGUUACCAGAGUUUGAAAGAAGGAUUUUGAUUAAUUUUUGUUAAAAAUUCAGUUUGUAAAAGGUGAAGUUGCCAGGAAGCCCUUAGACUCAUGCAUCCUUAAUUCUUUCAAUUUGACUAUUAUACCAGCUAAUCUGAAGAAAAGCGCUUUUCCUUUUCUUUCACAAAUCACUUGUUCUUUAAACAUCCUAUUAUCCAACCCAGAACAGUUUUAUGAUUUUCAAAAAUUUAUUUCACAUUAUCUUUAUUCUUUUGCUAUAACUAACUUUUUUAGGCCUCCCAGAUUCCAGGCUUUUAUUUGUUAGAAAUGGUUUUCAUUUUGAAAGAAUGUACAUGUGGGUGGGCAUGCACACGUGUGCAUAUGUGUGUGUUAGUCCAUGUCUUUUUUUUUUUUUGCUUUUAUUCUCAAUUCUUUUUUCCCAGACAUUAGUGUAAUUUCUUAGUAUUCAAUUACUCUCAUGAAUAAUUUGGUUUUCAAUAUCAUCUUUUUCCAUUCAUUCUUCAGGUUUCUUCUGUUGCUUUUUUGCUCAUGUUUUAAAAUAAAAACAAUCUCAGUGUCCCAGUGUAUGAUUCCUAAGAUGCACUAAUAUAAUUAACUUCGGAAGUGUACAGGGUUUUUUCCUUCAGUCUGAUCUCUAAAUGCUCUGAACUGAGAAUUAACUUUCUGUAUCCAUUAUAAGAACCAGCAUCCCAGUUCCGAUUUUUUUUUUAAAUAAAAAAAUAGAAACGUAAAAAUAAUUUUUAAUUGUAGGAGUUAAAACUGAAGUAGUCAUUUAAGCAUUCAUCUGCAUUUCUUUGGCACAAUUCCUCGUCAUAGGUCUAAAUCUUGAUCCUUUUUCUGGUCCCCAAGAAAUUGAAUUUUAAAAAUUUAUUUUUGUUUCUCUUUUUAUUUUAUGAGAUUCUUGAACUGUUUUACAACCCAGAAUAUAGAAGUCACCAUUUAUUAGAAAUAGAGAGGGAUAUAAGUGAACUUAGAAAAAGUUUUUUCCAAAUAAUUGAUCCUCAUCCUUUUUCCUUAUGACCAAUCACAAGAGAAAAAUAUCAUAUCCUCUAAAACAUUGUUAUAUGCAUUCCAAGUUACUCAUUUUUGGGGUGGGAAUAGGAGGUCAUUGACAUUGUUGACUACAAUUACAAUUAUCCUCUCCUUCUUGGCAGCUUAAUUUCUAUUCAUGUAUUUUUUUCCCCUGGUGAAAAAGGAAGGCAUCAGUGACCCUCUUGGUUUGGGGGGGGGGGGGGGGGGAUAUCAGUCAUCUGUUCAACAGGGUGCUACAGAUGUUUUGACCAAGUGCAAUGUCACUCUAAGAAGGUAAUAAGUUAAGCAUUUUGAUAUGCUUCACCUGAAUUUUAGAAGAACGUGCUUUGGCUCAAAUGGUUUUAUGAUCAUGACAACGUGGUAGAGUUCCCAAAGUGCUACUUAUCCGCGUGUUUGGCCGAGAUUUGUUGGAGAGUGUAUGUUAUGAACAAUUCCCAUGGAAAAAUGUUUGCAAUAAAACUUGACUAGCCAGAUAGCAGUGUCAGAGUUUGUAAGAUGUGUAUUACUGUGUCUGUUAACUCACAGAAGUGAGAGCACACACUCAUGUAACGUGUUAUAAUGGAGAGUGCCCAGUAUGUGGACCUUGACUUGUGCCUGUCUGCCGUGACAUUUUUAUGCAGUUGAAAAGUACACACUCAGCCUCAAUUUCUGACAGAUGCUGGGACCAGCUUUGCUUGCAAGAUUUUGAUGUCAAACACAGUCCAUUCCAUAUGAGGCUAUUUAAUAUGUUGUCAAUAAACACACUGGCCAAAUGGAACUUGAGGCUGUGAUGCUUCCCAAAACCAAAAGAAGAGCUUAUAAAACAGCAGUUUCCUAAUUGGCUAGCAAAUAUUAGACAUUCGUGUGCAUGGCAAAUCUUCUAUUCUACUGCCCAGGCUUAUUUCCUUUCUGUUAUUAAAGCAUUCACGAUGCAUUUGGGAAUUCUACUUGGUUUGGCCUGUGUAUAAACUCUAGGAUUGUGGCUAUAUACUUCAAGAUUGUUUAGCAUAUGCCAAUGAAUUUGAAUUUUUUGACUAGUGUUUUUUUCCCCCGGGUUUUCCUCUAUGUUCAAAGCAUACCUAUCCUUUGGGAUUGAGAUAGAGGGAACUCAAGAAUGUGUAGAGGUGCUCUCUCUUUGUUGUAUCCCAACCUUGCUGCUGCUAUUUAUAAUAUUGGGAAAAUACUCCUCCAUAUGGUAUUAUCAUCAUCUUGUUAACAAACUGCUGUGCUUACAAUAAAUUGUUGUUUGAAUUAGUGAGGAUACAACAACCAUA